GACGGCGGAAGGGCGGGCCUACGGCGCGGCGGCAGGGGGCGGGGCCGAGAUGGUAACGGACGCGCCCGGGAGCCGCGCUGCAGGGAGGGCUAUCGUGUGACCGCUGCCGCAGGCGCUUGCUCGGAGUAGCCCUGCGGCUCCGCUUCUGCCAUGAUGAUCCACGGCUUUCAGAGCAGCCACCAGGACUUCUCCUUCGGGCCUUGGAAGCUGACGGCGUCCAAGACCCACAUCAUGAAGUCUGCGGAUGUGGAAAAGUGAGGCUGUGGGGCGGGGCUGGGCCGGGUCGGGCCGAGCGGAGCGGAGCAGAGCCCGGGCUGGGCUGGGGGGUGUGACGGUCUCGGUGCAGCCUCACGCGGUACUUGGGGCCGCAGGCUCGGUCCCUCUGACCGACCGUUGAUUGACAACUUCAGUAAAUGGUCCUGUCCCCUGCUCGCGGCGACCUCUGCUUGCUGGAACUGUCGCUUCGCAGGGUUGAACUGAGCGAGGCUGUUUUGGUGGACUUUACCUAAACCUCGCCGCUCCUUUUUUUCCUACCUAAGCCUGCGCAACCUUUCUGGGCGCGAAGACCUGUUCCCUUGCGGGCAAUGACGGAAAUGGUUAGCUGACGAGCUGCACAUGCCAUCCCUCCCUGAAAUGAUGUUUGGAGACAACGUUCUAAGGAUCCAGCAUGGCUCUGGCUUCGGAAUAGAGUUCAAUGCUACGGACGCACUGAGAUGUGUGAACAACUAUCAGGGCAUGCUCAAAGUAGCUUGUGCUGAAGAGUGGCAGGAAAGUAGGACGGAGGGUGAACACUCCAAAGAAGUUAUUAAACCAUAUGACUGGACCUAUACAACAGAUUAUAAAGGAACGUUGCUUGGAGAAUCUCUUAAGUUAAAGGUUGUACCUACAACAGAUCAUAUAGAUACAGAAAAAUUGAAAGCCAGAGAACAGAUUAAAUUUUUUGAAGAAGUUCUCCUGUUUGAAGAUGAAUUGCAUGAUCAUGGUGUUUCCAGCCUGAGUGUGAAAAUUAGAGUGAUGCCUUCCAGCUUCUUCCUGCUGUUGCGGUUUUUCCUGAGAAUUGAUGGGGUGCUCAUCAGAAUGAAUGACACGAGGCUUUACCAUGAGGCUGACAAGACCUACAUGUUACGAGAAUAUACAUCCAGAGAGAGCAAAAUUGCUAAUUUAAUGCAUGUUCCACCUUCCCUCUUCACGGAACCUAAUGAAAUAUCACAAUAUUUACCAAUUAAGGAAGCAGUUUGUGAGAAGCUCGUAUUUCCAGAAAGAAUUGAUCCUAACCCCGUGGACUCACAAAGCACGCCCUCAGAAUAAAAUGUGGUACAGCAGACUCUCUCCAUGCGGAACCUGACUGGAUACCUUGGCUAUUUGUAGGGGUAUUUUUAUUAUGAGAAUUAAUUUCCUUGCUUAUGCGCAGAUUUUCUGUAGCCUUUAAGGAAAAUAAAAGAUUGCUGCAGGCAGGUUCCGCUCAACUCCUGUUUAUCCUGUCUGUUUUCAAGUUCCUGCUCCAGAGAGAGAUGUGCUCUGGAGCUUACAUCAGCAGUGAUGUGUGUGGGUCUCAUGAGGGGACAUGGUCUGCAUCCGGCCUGAAGCAUCGUCUUCACUGUGAGGAGUCUGACUAUAAGGCCGUCACUGAGCCCCGAUGCCUGGGACCUGCCGGCCGCCAUAGGAUGCUGACUGCAUGCUGAUGUGCUACUCUGGCUCUUGGCUGUGGGCUUUCUGGUGUUUGUUCGCACUUACGGAGAGUUGUGACAUGUCACCUACAAAAUUAAUCUUGUAUUAGUCAUUAGUUGGAGUUUCUGGGCAACAUAUUGUGUGUGUUUGUACACACAAGUAUUUUUUAAAUCUUUUCAUUUAAAUGUCUUUGUCUCUGAGUAGUGUUAGAUUACUUAUUUUGAUAAUUCAUUGUUAAAAAUUGUGGAGAAUUAAAAUAAAAUAAUUGACUUUUUAAAAAAAAAUUAAAGAGGUGGGCGGUGGGGAGGAGGAGUGUGCAUCUGAAGACUGUAUUAGUGUAUUCCUGUGAGGAGUACCCAGGUGUGUCCUUGGCCAUUUCUAAAUAUGACAUAUGCCAUUUUAUAUUUAUUUGUCCAAGUGUCUUUUGUAAGAGGAGAAUAAAUAAUAAGGAAUUAUGUAUUCAUAGUUUGCUGUUUCUUUCAGCUUUUCUUAGACUUACUUGAAGAUUGGAUUAGGAUGUAUCGUUCUCAUUCAUUUAUUUUGUUCUGAACCCGUUCAGUAUUGCAGACACAUUUCCCACGCAGAUUACAAAUGGAAGCUGCUAGUUAUGAACUCGAUCCCCUAGUUCGUUCGCCUUUAAGUGCCUGUCUUUCUUCUCCCUCUGCUCCUUACACUCCUGAGGGCACUUUUAAGUAGUCAGAACACAUGGGUACAUGUCAUGCAUAGCAUCCCCUUCAGUUCUGAGUACCAUGUUCUCUGCUGUGGCAUAAGGGAUUACAUAAUGAAGCGAUAGAGUGUAGUUGGUCCUUUAUACCGUGAGUGCUGUGUAUGUGGAGUCAUCCGGCUCCUCAUCAAACAGUUGAAAACAUCCCAUCGAUUCUGACCACGCACAGACUUUUUGUCGUUAUUCCCUGACUGUCAGAGUUUUAGCUAUUUGCCAUGUAUUAGGUAUUAUGAGUGAAAUACAGGGUAAUUUACAGUCUAUGAGAGGAUCUGAUGGCUUAUUUUUUAUUUUGAUAUUUAUGUGAGUGUGAACCAAAUCUCCUAUGGUGACGGAGACAACUUUCUGUGGGGUUAAGGUCCGCCAGAGAAUACAGAAGCAUCUACAUGUGGUGUCAGAUGCGAUGGCAGAAAUAACAGCUUGAGAAAGAUGGGAGGAGCGACUUUGGUAUUCCUCUCUGCUUUUGAAGAAGCUGUCGCAGGCCUUGAGAUUGUCAUUACCAUAACCAGGGAAAAAGCCAGGCAGUCAAAAAAAUUACCACGCCUUGAACAACUGAAAGUGGGAUUGCAAAACAAACUGAAUCUCAAAGAAUGGGAAGCUCCAAGGAGAAAAAGGACAGAGACUGCCUCCUCUUCAGAGCAUAAGAGAAAGGUGGCUAAUAUAGCCACAGCCAACAUCUUACUUCAAGAUAAUCACAUCAUUUCCUCUUCCCUUCCAUCCUCUCAGCCUGUCAUAUGCUCCUCCAUGCUCUUUAAAUUCAUACAUGCAUGAGUGUCUGUCUAGGUUCUAAAUAUAUAAGUACAACCUGCCCAGGCUGUAUCAUGUUACUUGCAUGUAUGUUUUCAGGGCUGACCAUUUGAAGUUAGAUAACUAAAUUAUGCUGUUCCCUGGGGAAGACUGUUUGCACCUGUCUCGACAUUCCUUA